AUGACGAGCAACAAUCGGAGCCGACCCAUGUCUCAGAGACGCCUCGGAAUGAUGAUGACAAAGAUCCUCGGAAUGAUGGAGCUCCUCCUGAAGCUGAGGAAACGGAUCCUGACAAUUAUGCAGGACCAUGGUCUUGCACUUGAAUGGUUUUACUCUUUGCCUCCAGAUUCUAUCUCACGCUUUCAGGAGUUGGCGAAGCAAUUCGAGGACCACUUUGCAGCAUCUGCAAUAUAUUUGCAUGAUUCCGAUUAUUUGAUUACCAUCAAGCAAGGUCCCCAGGAGAGCCUGAAGGAUUACAUCACCCAUUUCACGAAGGUAGCUAUGAGGAUUCCUGAUCUUCACCCUGAAGUCCACCUGCACGCCAUCAAAAGCGGCUUUCGCCCAGGUAAAUUCCAGGAGGCCAUCGCUGUGGCCAAACCGAAGACUUUAGCCGAGUUCCGUGAGAAGGCCAAGGGCCAGAUAGACAUUGAAGAGCUUCGCCAGGCCAGAAAGACAGAUAAGUCAUCAACAACUAAGGACGACGAUAAACCUCGGGAUAAUAAGAAGACCUUUAAACCAGUUCCUCGCUACUAA